AGUCGUGUGAGAACCAUCGAUACGACAAGUUCGAAAUAGACAGUCGAAAAAAUUAAUAAACUUAUAUCGCUCAAAAAUAAUCAGAUAAACUCAUGGAUAUAUCAAAGGAUUAAUUAAUUAAAAAAUAAUUUGAUAUCAACAAAUUUGUUUAAAAUGUCAUUCAAACUUUGGCAAGCAUUAUCAAGACGUCGUGUUACUGAAGAUGAUGAAAAUAAAAGUGAAUUGGCACGUGUCUUGGGAUUGUUUGAUUUAAUCGCAUUAGGAGUUGGUGCAACUCUUGGUCUUGGUGUAUAUAUACUUGCUGGAAAAGUAGCCAAAGAAACAGCUGGACCAGCAGUUUGUAUAUCAUUUCUAAUUGCAGCUUUUGCAUCGGCACUUGCAGGUAUGUGUUAUGCUGAGUUUGCUUCAAGGGUACCAAAAGCAGGAUCAGCUUAUAUAUACAGUUACGUAACUGUUGGUGAAUUUAUUGCAUUUGUUAUUGGAUGGAAUCUUAUAUUGGAAUAUGUCAUUGGUACGGCAAGUGUUGCAAGAGGUCUGAGUGAAUAUGUUGAUGCUAUGAUUAAUAAUACAAUGAAAGAUAAUCUUCAUUCAUUAAUGCCGAUAAAUGUACCAUAUCUUGCUGAUUAUCCAGAUUUUUUUGCAUUUGGUGUUAUAAUAUUAUUGAGUAUUUUACUAUGUAUUGGUGCUCGUGAAUCAUCAAAUUUAAAUAUGAUAUUUACAGUUGUUAAUUUAGCAACAAUUCUCAUUGUUAUCAUCGCUGGUUCCAUUAAAGCUGUACCAGCGUAUUGGAAUAUAUCACCAACUGAUGUUGGUUUUCCAGCAGAAGGUGCUGGAACAGGUGGUUUUAUGCCAUUUGGAAUUCGUGGAGUUAUGGCUGGUGCUGCAACAUGUUUUUAUGGUUUUGUGGGUUUUGAUUGUGUUGCAUCUUGUGGUGAAGAAGCUAAAAAUCCACAAAAAUCAAUACCCAUAAGUAUUUGUGUUAGUUUAUUUAUAAUAUUUAUAACUUAUUUUUCAAUAUCAACAGUAUUAACAAUGAUGUUACCAUAUUAUGCACAAAAUCCAAGCUCACCAUUUCCAUAUGCAUUCGAACAAGUUGGCUGGCCAACAAUUAAAUGGGUUGUUAAUAUUGGUGCUGUAUUUGCACUGUGUACAAGUUUGUUAGGUGCUAUGUUUCCUUUGCCACGAAUUUUAUACGUGAUGGGUGGUGAUGGUAUUAUAUUUAAAUCACUUGCUAAGAUUAAUGAAAAAACUCAUACACCAAUUAUUGGUACAAUUAUAUCUGGUGGAUUAACUGGUUUAAUGACAUUGAUAUUUAAUUUGGAACAACUUAUUGAUAUGAUGUCGAUUGGUACAUUAUUGGCAUACACUAUUGUUGCUAUAUCAGUUAUUAUUCUGAGAUAUAAAAAAACAAGUCAAAGUAUUAAAAUACCAGUCAAUACAAUUAUCGAUAGUGAACCAUCAUUGAUGAAUUAUUUUGCUCGUUUAUUUAAUAUUAGAAAUCAAAAAGUUACAACUACAUUUACCAGUGAAGUUGCUAGUUGGGGUGUUGUUGUUUUUGCUGUCUUAGUUAUUAUUUUUGGAUUGAUAUUGAAUUUUACUGAAUUCGAUGGAAAUAAUACAAAUUUAUUGAAAUAUACAUCAUUGACAAUACUUGGAAUACUAUUGAUACUCUGUGUUAUUGCAAUUGGUAGACAACCAGUUGACAGACUUCAUUUGUCAUUCAAAGUACCAUUUGUUCCAUUCGUACCUUGUUGUAGUAUUUUUAUAAAUCUAUUGUUGAUGCUACAAUUGGAUUUUUUUACUUGGAUGCGAUUCAUUGUUUGGAUGAUUAUAGGUUUUGGAAUUUAUUUUUUUUAUGGUAUUAAAAACAGUACACAAGGACGUAAAAAUGAAUUAUCACGAAUUUACGCAGAAUCAUCAAGAACAAAUACAAAAUUAUAA